UUUUAAAUUGUCUUUCUAUUUCAACUCAGCAACGCGCAUAUACCGAAAAUCUCGAACGUAUGUAAUGCAAGUACGCAACUACGCUGUUCAAAAUCGUGUGUGUAUAACAUAAAGUACUCUGACGAAAUAACCAAAAGGGGCGACACCAGACAUCAAUAUUCUUGUGCAAAUUGUGUGUAUUUUCUAUACGUGUCACAUCCGAAAGAGAAAAUCCGAUAUUGUUUCGCGAGGAUUUGUGAAUAAAACAAAAAAAAGCGACAAGAAGAAGAAAUAAACUAGGAACUAGUGAAUCCGAGUGCAUAAUAUACAUACGUAUAUAUAUAUAUACGCGACGAUGAAUGGUUAACAACUCGGCUGAUAUUCGACCCGAGUCAUUUGUUCGUGUUUCGAUUUUAAUUGAAUGACUGAUAGUAGGCUGCAGUAGUAAAGUACAUACGUUUCAAAGUGAUUCAUGUUUCGAGUGUUUCCUGCUGUUGUUAACCCUGAUUCAUAGGGCCAUGGUUGACCGACUUGUAAACAGCGAAGCGAAUGCCAGGCGUAUCGCAAUGGUGGAAAGCUGCUUUGGCAGCGCGGGCCAGCCACUUGCGGUACCUGGGAGGGUAUUGGUCGGAGAAGGUGUCUUGACAAAGAUGUGUAGAAAAAAGCCCAAACCGCGGCAAUUCUUUUUAUUCAACGAUAUACUUGUCUAUGGAAAUAUCGUGAUAAACAAGAAAAAAUACAACAAACAACAUGUAAUUCCCUUGGAGGAAGUGAAACUUGAAUCAUUGGCCGACGACGGACAAUAUCGUAAUGGUUGGCUGAUAAAAACUGUAAUGAAGUCAUUCCCUGUUUACGCUGCGACCGGUACAGAGAAGCAAGAGUGGAUGGCUCAUAUUACAAAAUGCAUUGAAGAUCUUUUAAGAAAAAGUGGUAAAAAACCAGUAGAGGUUCACGCGGCUGUUUGGGUACCCGACAAUGACGCGAACGUUUGUAUGCAUUGCAACAAAACACAAUUCACAGUUUUAAAUAGACGGCAUCACUGCCGGCAAUGCGGAGCCGUCGUUUGUGGACCCUGCAGUAAUAAAAAACUACUUUUGCCUGGUCAGGGUGGUGGAAAACCAGUCAGAGUAUGCUUACAGUGUUACGACGCCGCCAGUAAAGUUAAAAUAGCAACGACUCCUGGCGACAGUCUGAACAACAGCAAAGAUGCACCGCGCAAUUCUGCCGAUAGCUCAGGUGAUGAUAGUUCGGGUGACGAAGACGACAGCAAUAAGGAAGCAAACCACGACGAGCCAAAAUUCUACGGUACGGUUAAUUCGUUGGAUGAGAAGUAAGUAACACAGCCUAAGGAGGAGCAAUAUCAGAAGUUAUAAAUAUUGUUUAGUUGAAUAUUUUUUAAAUAAAAUAUGAUUGGAAUUUUUGUAUAGCUCGAUGGUUAAAGGUGAAAAUUUAUUUAUACGUACAUUGCAGUAAUCAUUAUUAAUAAUAUGUCUCUGAUAUUUGCAAUUAACUUUAAACAGAGCGUGGCUCAUCCAGAUCUAUAAAGAAGAUUGAAAAAAAUCAUUUCAUUACCGUCCCUCCAAUCAAAUUUUGUAUUUUGUGCAAUUUUUAUUGAAAGAAAACAAAUGCUAAACUCUGUUAAAAUCGAGCAGUUUAUUUAUUUAACUUUUUUUUUUUCCUUACUCAUGAGGAAAUAAUACUUAUCCACAAGACACCCAUCGAAUAAGUGAUAUGGCAAAUGCAGCACGAAAUAAGCUCAGCAUGUUCAUAGCUUGCGUAUCAAAGUCAAUUCGUGAAUAACAUUAAAUUUAAUUCCUAUCGAUAGAUUUGUUUGUAAUUUAACGAUUAUUAUUUUUUAUUUUUUUCUUCAUUCUCCAAGUUCACGUAUCAUCGAUAAAAUCAAUUCGAUACGUCAUUGAUCUAGCUAUACUACGACAUUAAGAAAUAAAUUUACAACUGUGUGCCUUGUAAAUGUUAUGAAAAAUUUAACUUCCGAAUGACUAAAAAUUCUCAUACAACCAGUAGUCAACUAGAAUUUACGAAAACAAAAUAAUGAUUUACUUGUAAAUUGAAACAAUUUGGACCUGGGACGUAAACUUAACUGUAAGACGGCUACCUCAAUUGAAAAAUAAAAAUGCUAAUGUUUUUCAAGACAAAAUAAUACUUCUGCAACGAAAUUGCACGUCACAGUUAUUCAGCCACGAGUAUAUAGACUGGACUUAUUAGUUACGUCAUAUAUAUAUAUAUGCACUUUUUUUUCUGUACAAUUAUAUGUAUGAAUAUAAUAUGUAUUAUGUGCUUGAACCGAUGUUAUUUCAAGGACCACAAGUUGUGCAACAUACUGAGCAAUAUAAUAAUGUUUAGUAUAAUCACUUGAAAUUGGGAGGCGGCUCUAAACUGACAAAAUAAAUGAUACAUUUUUAUAUCGUAGUGACACAUGUAUGGUAAAUAUUUUUGCUACGCGUAACAUUUUUAAUGCAAACUAAUGAGGAGAUGAAACUUGGAUAUAUUGUGCGUGUUUUACUGUGAAAAUAUUUUGCUCGCGACACUAAAUAAAAUAUUUAAAGUUUCAUUGAGAGAAAACUAUUAUUUCACAUAUCUCAAUUGAAUUAGAUUUUCUCUAAUAAAUUAAAACACUUGUGUUCGAUACGAGUUUGUCUAAGAAAUUUUGCGACUCCAUAGAAACGAAUUAAUUUUAUUUUGUGCCCGAGCGAAUAUUUUUGAUAAAGUUACGAUUGUAUCUAAGGUAGAAAUCGAUUUCAUAAAUAUUUUUUAUAUUCUAACUUGAGUCAAUUAUGAAUCUACCUGUGUCACUACCUGCGAUAAUGAUGAUAAUAAAUAAUAAAAAUUAUUAUCCUUCUCUGAUUAAUAGAUGCGAUAUAAUUUUUUAACGCUAUACAUUACGCAUACAUUAUAUGAAAUAAUACAUAUAAGGAAUAUAAAAGAUUGUGAGUAAACACAUACGGCCAUAGGAUAAUAAGACAGAGAGCUCUUGCUUCGAAAAAGAAUUAAAGUAAAAGGGAAACUGCAACGCCCUGGGUAGAAAAAAAAUUCUAAAUAAUAAAUAUCAAAUACUCAAUCAAUUUCGUCAGAUCUAAAAAUUCAAAGAAGAUAAUUGUUAUAUUAAUCGGUAGCAUGAACUCCAUCUACAAUUAUUACUUGUGAUUACGACGGCCUUUGGAUAAACCGACCACUGCGUAUUUGUUCCCAAAAGUGUAUCGACGUACACUAUAAAUAAAUUACUCUUAAUGUGAAAAAAUUGUUGGGUGCUCAAGAGAUAUGAAAGAAUUAUUUUUUAGCAAUCAAUAUUACUGAUCGUAUAUACGUACGAAUUUCGCCAAGUACGUAUGUACAUACCUGCAUAAUGCCUAUGAAUGCCUUCAAAUCACUGUUUUAGAUAUUUAAAAUUUUACUAUACCUUACCGUGUGAAAUAAGAAUAACGAUUAAUAUUAUAAUACACACACACACAUACAUACAGCUACUUCUAUACUUUGUUAAUUAAUCAUAAUACAAGUGUAAGGAAGUACACGUUGCAUUUUCGACAUACCCAUUAUCAAGAAAAAAGUAUGAAUUGCCACCGAACAAUGUUUUUUAAUAUCACAACUGAAUUUGCCCCUUUAAGAAUUCAACACCUCGAUACAUUUAUAAAUUAAAUAUCGUUGUGGUAUAGGACUUUUAUCAUGUUGUUUUUACGGCUCUAACUUUUACACACAUGAAGAUUAACUCAUCAGACACAGUAACACAGUAUGUGCAUACAUAUGUUAAACGAUACGAUAAGAAUACUUUGUUAGUUAGUUAUCGUAAGUGAUGACUGAUUGUAUAAUUUGAAACAUCUAAAGUAAAGAAAAAAAAAAAUUGUUACUUCAAACUCUGUAUCUUUUAUGUAAUAAAUUGCAAACUAUUUAAGUA